AAUGUUACAAUAUUCAGAGAUAGUUAAUAGUUGUUUCCGGAGAAAAUGAUAAACCAAUGAAGCUAAAAAUAUAUUUAAUAUGGAGUUUCAAGAUCAAUUGAAGGUUUCAUAACUUCCUUUUAUGAUGAUGUUAAUUAUGGUUUGUUAAAAAACUAAAACUAUGGAGCCAUACCCACCUGCAUUCGAAGAUGUUCCAGCCAUACAGAUAUAUAGGGGAAAGGAGGUGCGGAAAUAUGGUGUUGUUAAAAAGAAAUCAGGAGGGAGAAAAAUCCCAUUAAUACAAAGUAAAUAUGAAACACGUUUUGUGAUUAUCAGCAGAGGUUGGGUUUAUUAUUACAAAGACAAAUCAUCUGAUAAGCCACAAGGAAAGUUUUCGCUUCAAGGAUUCAGCAAUACAGUCAUCAAUGCAGAGGAAGAACAGUCAAGUAUGCCCUUUGUAUUCAAAAUAUACAGCAAGAAAGCAAAUGAAAGAACAUGGUUCUUUUCUACAGAAAACACCUCAGACAUGCAUGAAUGGAUGGAAGCUUUUCGUCUAGAGAUUGAACAAUAUAAUGUUAAAGGCUUCUCAGAUAUUCGUCAUAGUCAAUCAUGUCCUAAUCCUAUAAAAAAAUUACAUCCUCAUCUGGAGGCAAGCAAUGGCAGAUCACAUAGUGUCCAUGACAAUGCUGUUCCAUUCCCACAGAGACUUAAACAACAACCGCAUAGCAAUGUGUCAUCAUGCACCAAUGUAACAAUUACAAGUGGGAUUGGUAGUUCUACAUCCUCUAUGACGGAUCAACCAGAUGAUCUAUAUGAACCGUUUGAACCCAGUGGAUCUGACGAAUGGGAUUCUGACCUAGAUUCUGACUAUGAAACCCCCAACUUCGUGUCUACAUCAACAGCACACCAUGGCAAUAUAGCUCAACACUCGGCUAUGAUUCAUUCUCCUACUCUCACACCAAAAUUUCAAAGCCCCACUUCAAGUGUCCCACAUUUUACGCAUACUAAUAGGAAUAUCAGAAGUUAUAGUCAUACAUCACCUCCGACUGAGAGAAGCCACGAGCCAAUUCACUUUCCACAAAAAAGUCCAAUGAUCUCUCCAAAACAUUCUUUUCCUCGGCCUCAUUCAGUUGCUGUGGGAGAAUUCGGUUUUAAUUCAUUGGCUGAUGAAUUGAAUAAAAAAAUGUUUCCUGGCAGAGUUUCAAGUCAAUUGCAGCCUCCAUCUCGUCCUAUUUCUAACAUACCAAAAUAUAGUCCCCCAACUCAUAGUCCUCCAGCACUGCGCCAACGCGCUGAUACCAAACAAAACUGGACACCCAGAGUAACUGACAUGCAGAAAUCAAGUAUUCUCCCAUCUCGCUUUUCCCCCAAAGAAAACCUUCCAAUUCAUUCUUCAACAAAUCCACAUCACAAUCGAAUGAGAUCUGAAGGAGUGGGUGGCUACGGGAAACGGCAAAAUUUAUCACCUGAAGUCAAACGUCAUUCUAUGCCAUGUUUAACAAUCCAAGCACAACUCAAUGAGCAACUUUCAGCUAAGCUUGGUACAGAUCUUAAGGCUCCUCAACCUGGUCCCAAGCCUCAAAGACCAAAGAGUAUAGCAAAUACAGCCAAUGAAGACAAUUUUCAACGACCAGGUGGAUACAGACCGUUGCAAUCACCUUCCACCAAGCCUCUCCCUCCACUUCCAGAACCCCAAGAUGAAAGGAACAGUUUCACUGAGUUUCAUGAAAAUCCUAUAGAUUGGCCAGAUAGGGCGCCUCCAUUACCACCUGAGAAUAAACGCAGUGGCUGGCCUGUUGUUACAAGCCCAAAAGAUAAUGAAUUUUCAGGACAACAAUAUCGACCACAUGAUUUUAAUAAUGCCCAUGGUCCUCCAUUUGCUAUAGAUAAAACAUCCCACUUAUCGCCUAAUAAAACAUCCCACCUCUCGCCUAUGUCGCCUCCAAAACAGUUUUAUUCCCCUCCUCCUCAGCCAGGUACAAUAUUCCCAAUGCCACCUGCUCUUCCUAGUAAGCCUAAUAAUAAAUUUUUGUACAAUAACACAUCUCUUUCGACUGGCAAUCAACCAGCAUCUGAACAAUAUGAUGAUAAUCUUUUGCCAGAGCCUGAGGGACCUUAUGAUAUUCCAUUAGAAGAUGAUCCUGAUCAGUCAUAUGAGUCUCCAUACUCAGAUUCUGACGCCAUCACAGAAAUAGUUUAUCAAGAUGAAGAAGUUGGACCAAUGUCCCAGGAUCGUCCUGGAAUAUCACCCAAGCCUGUGCCAAAUAGUCCUGGUACAGCUGUGUUCAGGGGUCCUAUUGUUCCAAAGGUUCCUGCAUUGAAACCAAAAGUUCCGAUCGGAAAACCAUCCUCUGCUUCAAUUGAGAGUAAAAGCACUGUCAUGUCUACAUCCAACAAACCAGAUCAAAAUCCAGUCAAUUCUUGGAAGUCAAAUCCGCACUUUCCAACAUCAACAACGAAUAGCGGACAAAAAACUACAUUAGAUAAUGCUGAUGGUAACAAACCAGCAUGGUUACAAACCAAACUCAAGCCAACACAGGCUGAUGCACCCACAAAGGUAACGCCUGCUUGGCAAAAACAGGAACCAGUUAAAGCUACAUUUAAUCCUCGGUCUCCACCAAAAACAUUUUUGUCGCAACAAAAGCAAGCCAAUAAUUCUAAAUGGAACCACCAUUCAUAUGAACCAAAUUCAAAGUCAACAGAUAAUAAGGGAAUUCCACCACCUAUGCCUAAGACACCCAAACCUAAUUUAACACCAAAGCUCAAGGAUUUUUCACAUGGUGUAAGUAACAAACCCCCACCACCAAUAAAACCAAAACCAGAUACUAAACAAGUGUCCGGUGUUGCAGCAAUGCGUGAAAGAUUCAAUCAGUGAAUGCACAUAUUGUAUUUGAAACUUGUGCUCUUUUUUUUACCUUAUUCGACCUUUUUCCAUUCAUCAUAUUAUUGCUUGUGCUAUUUGCUUCUAUUGGUGAUUGAAAAUCAUGCGAUGUUUCAGGAAUCAUGUUUAUUAAAUUUACAUUGUUUAUAUAUUGUACAAGAGGUAGCUGAGUAUAAGCCAAACGCAAUUGAUAUAAAUGGAAAAAUUUUAUUAUAAAUAUUAUUAUCUUCCAUAGACUUCAUAUUGUUUGUACGACAUGACAUGAAUAUCGAUUGUGUUUUCCAUCUCUUAACAUGGGAUAUAACAAUUCAAAAUCACAAUCAAUGUCUCUGUGUUAAAUUUUUUCUAUAUGUGCCCCUUCUCGUCAUUCUUAAAUACAAAUUUUUAUCAUUUUUUCUGAUAUAAGUUCCAUGUUUCUAGAUCAAUCUUUUUCUGUGAAAUCUUCUCUGGUUUCCAACUUUGGGCAUCUAAUGCAUCAUCAAUUUAAUAUUUCACUGUCAACAUUUCCUCAUGAAAAAUCAACUAUAUUAUAGUUCUAAUUGCCAUACAAUGUGGCAGGUGUUCAUUCCCAUGAUUUGGGUGUCUAAUACUCCAGCUCAUGACAUAUAAUGUCAAAAUUAGGAUUAUUUUUUUGAUUCAUUCUCUGUAAGUAGUUUACCAUACUUUUAUUUCUCACUAACUCUGUUUUUGUACAUGUAGUCAAUUACUAAAUUUCGUAUGGCCACUGAUAAAAAUAUGUGAGCGCUUAUUUAGUAUUGUCAUAUUCUUGUGAUCUGUAGCAUACUGGCAUGAAGUAUUUUCUUUUUUGCAAUUUAGUUUAUAUACAGUUGAGGUGAUUUUUUUUGUUUCUAUUGUUUAACUCUUCAACACAUAUAUAUAAAAAAUAAAUUGUCAAGUAUAUUCUCCAGUCGCUUGCCACAAAGAAGCCUAUGUUUUCAUACUUUGUUCAUAGAGAUGUAAUAUUUAAAUUAAUAGUGAAUAUUUGUAAUUAUUAUGCAGUCUAACAGAGCACUUUAUAUACUCUAAGAAGUUUUGCACUGAUUUCGACAAUAUUAUUUUAAAUUUAGAUAAUGCACAGAUUUGAAUUUGUAGUGCCUUAAUUUAAAUGCAUGCCACUCUUCUUCAGCUACAUUAUCCUGAAUGAUAAUGCUUUUAACUUUUGCCCAAUUGAAUUGUCCUAUUGGAUACUAUGCAUCCUCUUAUAAUGUAUAAUAUAGCAUUUACAGUAUGCACCGCUACUACAAUGUAUUUUAAUUGCGACUAAUUUUUCAGCCUUGCAAUACAAAAAUUAUUAAUUUCA